AUGUUGCGGUCUGCAGUGUGUGUCCCGGAUGUGGUCCAGGAGCAGUGCUGUGUGAAAGAGGAGUGUGGUGAUGAUUGUAUCACUGCGUGCACGGUUAAAACCGAGGAAGAUGAAACCAGCAUAGAUACAACAAUCGAAGGUAUUGCUGCACAGCUGAAAGAGGAAGAUGAAGAGCAGAGGGUGUCCGAGGAAACACCAGAAAGCACUGAAUAUAAUGAAGGAAGCACUAAUCGAAGCUUUCACAGGGUCCUCGUUGUUCCAGAGGCAGGCAGCGAGGAGAAAACCCCCAGCAGUCAUUUGAACCGCUGCCCUCACUGUGAGAAGACUUUUGCUAAAAUGCAGUUUUUAAAAACCCACCUAAGAGUACAUACGGGAGAGAAGCCUUACGGGUGCUUGCAUUGCGGGAGGAGGUUUUCUCACCUAGCGUCGUUAACAGGUCACAGGAGGACGCAUACAGGAGAGAAGCCGUAUCAGUGCUUUCAGUGUGGGAAGAGGUUUGCUCUUUCAGGCUCGUUGAAAUUGCACGAGAGGAUCCACACGGGAGAGAAGCCGUACCAGUGCCUUCAGUGCGGGAAGAGCUUUUCUAGGCAUGCGUUUUUAAAAAAACACCAGCGCAUGCAUUCUGGAGAGAAGCCUUUCUCUUGCCUUGAGUGCGGGAAACGAUUUUCACAUCCGAGCUCCCUGAAAGAUCACGAAGGCUCGCACACCGGAGGGAAGCCUUAUAGCUGUUCUGAAUGCGGAAGGCAGUUUUCUCACCCGAGUUCACUAAAAGUUCACGAGAGGAUCCAUAGUGGCGAGAAGCCGUACCACUGCACUCAGUGCGGGAAGAAUUUCUCCCAUCUCACGUCGCUGAAAAUUCACGUCCGAAUACAUACUGGAGAAAGGCCGUACCAGUGCUCCCAGUGUGGAAAGGGCUUCUCUCAUGCAGGCUUAUUGAAAGGUCACGAGAGGAUACAUACCGGGGAGAAGCCGUACCACUGCACGCAGUGUGGGAAGAGUUUUACUCAGUCAAGUGCGUUAAAAGUGCACCAGAGGAUCCAUACCGGAGAGAAGCCUUACCGGUGUACAGACUGCGACAAGUGUUUUUCUCAUCCAGGCUCUUUAAAGAUACACCAAAGAAAGCAUACCGGAGAGAAGCCUUAUCGAUGCGAGCAGUGCGGCAAAAGCUUUUACAGAUCAUGGUACUUAAAAGUACACCAGAGAAUACAUACUGAGGAGAAGGAAAUUAGCUCGAGCUGA